GUGUGUGUGAGAGAGAGAGAGAGAGAGAGAGUGACCCAGUGACUAUCCUGUGUAAUCCCAAAUCCUACUGUGCCUGUUUGAAAUCCUUUCGUGGUCCGUGAUCGUUUGGGAAUACUGAAAAAAAUUAACACAAUUCAGGAUUUUUUUUUUUUUUUUACAAAUGUUCUGCCUUUCAACAGAGAAAGUGUGUGAGAGAGAAUGAGUUCAUGUGUUUGCUGGUGUACCUGUGAUGAUGAUGUCAGCGCAGCGCUCAGGUGUGUGAAGGCAGUCAGGUGAGUCGUCACACUUUACUGACUCUACACUUUAUUUUUGUCCUUUCAAUUAAAAACUAAGGGAAAGUAAUGUCUCCACCAUCAAUGAGUUGUUUGUAUUUAUGACACACUGAGAUUUUUUAUUGUCACAGUUUCAGCAUAACUGAAAUCCAGUGUUUCAUAUUGUCUUUCUUCUUUUUAUCACUUGAGACAUUAUUAAAGUAAAUUAACAUUCCUCAGUUGAGUUUAUUUGGCUUUUUACAAGAUUCAUGCAAUUAAAAUGACACAUUUAAUGCAACUACUUUAUGAUAGUGAAUCAUAUGGAAAUUAAUCUAAAUCUCAGUUGUUUUAAACUAUCUCUGCACAGUUUAUAAAUGUGAAAUGUUCUUUGCUGCAGAAGUGUGUGACGGGCAGGUGGCCUGACCAAUCAGCUGCCAUGUCUGCACGAGUGAGGCCUCUGGUCCCGCCCAGAUUUCUCGUAGAGGGGGUGGACCAGGUUACCAUGGACACAGAGGACAUUAUAGAAAAAAAGCAACCAGAUGCUGGAACUCACUUCAACACCAACACCAACAAUAACAAUGAAGAGAAAAAAGAGAAGAAGGAAAAAAAGGAAAAGAAGGAAAAGAAAAAAGAAAAAGAUGAGAAAGAAAAAGAAAAAGAAAAAGAAAAGGAGAAAGAAAAAGAGAAAGAGAAAGAGAAAGAGAAAGAAAAGGAGAAAGAGAAAGAGAAACCAAAGGAGAUUGAAGUCGUAGAUCCAGCAGGAAACAUGUACUACAACUGGCUGUUUGUGAUCACAUGUCCUGUGAUGUAUAACUGGGUCCUCAUCAUAGCAAGAGCUUGUUUUGAGGAAUUGCAGGAGGACUACUUGAUUUACUGGUUCUUUAUGGAUUUCUUAUCUGAUGUGGUGUAUCUGUGUGACAUGGUGUUCAGGACCAGGACAGGUUAUCUGGAGCAGGGUCUCUUGGUGAAAGAUGAGAAGAAGCUUCGCGAUCGCUACAUGCAGAGCAUCCAGUUCAAACUGGACCUGGCCUCCAUGGUUCCCACCGACGUCUUCUACUUUUACUUUGGGCUGAACUACCCUGAGAUUCGCAUGAACAAGCUACUGAGGGUCAAUCGCUUGUUCGAGUUUUUCCAGCGCACCGAAACACGGACUAACUUUCCAAAUCUGUUCCGAAUCUCCAACCUCGUCAUGUACAUCGUGAUCAUCAUCCACUGGAACGCCUGCAUGUAUUACUCAUUCUCCAAGGCCAUUGGCUUCGGAUCGGAUGCGUUCGUGUACCCGGAUACCACAGACCCGGAGUUUGGCCGGUUGGUGAGAAAGUACGCGUACAGCAUGUACUGGUCCACCCUGACCCUCACCACCAUUGGUGAGACUCCACCACCCGUCAAAAACUCUGAGUACUUCUUUGUGGUAACGGACUUCCUGGUGGGCGUGUUGAUUUUUGCCACCAUCGUCGGUAACGUCGGUUCAAUGAUCACGAAUGCAAACGCGGCACGAGCAAAUUUCCAGGCUCGCAUCGAUGCUAUUAAGCAGUACAUGAGCUUCCGAAAGGUCACCAAAGACCUAGAGAAACGGGUCAUUAAAUGGUUUGAUUACUUGUGGACCAACAAGAAAGCAGUAGAUGAGAGAGAAGUUCUGAAGUACCUGCCGGACAAGCUGAGGGCAGAGAUCGCUAUAAACGUCCACCUGGACACUCUGAAGAAGGUGCGGAUCUUUGCAGACUGCGAGGCCGGGCUGCUGGUGGAGCUGGUGCUGAAGCUUCAGCCGCAGGUCUACAGCCCUGGAGACUACAUCUGCAAGAAGGGCGAUAUCGGCCGUGAGAUGUACAUCAUUAAAGAAGGGAAACUGGCUGUGGUGGCCGACGAUGGCAUCACACAGUUUGUGGUGCUAAGUGAUGGCAGUUACUUCGGAGAGAUCAGCAUCCUCAACAUCAAGGGCAGUAGGGCAGGGAAUCGCAGAACUGCCAACAUCCGCAGCAUUGGCUAUUCGGACCUCUUCUGCCUUUCCAAAGAUGACCUGAUGGAGGCGCUGACCGAAUAUCCAGAUGCCAAGGCCAUGCUGGAGGAGAAGGGACGACAAAUCCUGAUGAAGGACAAUCUUCUGGAUUUGGAGUUGGCUAAGCAAGGUCCCGAUCCCAAAGACAUGGAGGAAAAGGUGGUGAAGAUCAGCAGCGUUCUGGAUGAACUCCAGACUCGCUACGCCCGCCUGUUAGCCGAACACGAGGCAGCACAAGGAAAACUGAAGAAGCGCAUCACUAAACUAGAAAAGAAGAUCACAGACUCCAGCGGAGUGGAGAUCUCUGAGAUGGUGAAAGAAGAGAAAGAAUAAUAUGAAAGCUGCAGAUAAACCUGACAAAUAAACAAAUUAGUUUCAGAAUUUUGAAAAGAAGCCUUGUAUAUUUUGUGGUCCACCGUGGGUUUGGACUGGAUUUGUGGGGUUGGAUAAAACCAUAGAUUCAUAUCAGGUUUAUCCUUGACUGUCAGUCUGUGUUUGAACCAAUAUGAAAUGAAGAAAUCUGCUAAAUGUAAAUGUAAGAUAUAUUUUUUUGUACAGAUGAUUUGAUUUCACAGCUUUUAUCUGUGGUUAGUACUGAUUAUAUCAUGUUACAAACAUGUAAUGUAUUCUGUCAUGUCUUUCAUGAGAGAAUGUGAAGAUAAAAUAAAUUAUUUUUGUUAGCUUAUGUCUGUAUGAUCUAGUUUCAUUCAAAACAUUAGAGAGAAACACUAAUAAUGAUGCUGCUCUAGCAAUAUCAGCUAAAAGUUUAAUCAGGACCCAAAUGGGCUGUAAAAU